AUGGAUCUUGACAUCUCGCUCAGGGAAGAACGUCUCAGUCCUUCUAAAAAAGUUGACGAAACCAAGAAAUGGGACCGUUCCAACCGCAUUAGUAUGAUGUUAGCUGCGGUUGAGAAAUGCUAUGAGAAAAACGCGAAGUCAGAGGUGGAGAUUUUGCUGGACGAGUUUUCCUCCAUGAGGAAACAGCCAGAUGAGAGUGUUAGGGAGUAUAUUAUGACGAAGAUGAGCGUUGCUGCUAAGAUGAAGCAACUCGGGAUGCAUAUUCCAGAUGAUGUUGUGGUAAGUAUGUUACUCGCUAGUCUGCCCUCGGAGUAUGAUCAUCUUAAGAAUAUUUAUAGCUGUGGGCAAAAGAAAUGGCCGGCUCAUGAGCUCAUAUAUCACUGUCUGCAAGAUGAGGAUAGUUGGAAGCUAGAAAAGAAGACGUGUGAUCUUGCUGUUGUGGAUUGUGGUAAGAAAAGGAAGAAGUUUGAGGAAUGA